CAAGUCGAAAGAAACUUACUUAUUUACUUACUAGGGAUAAUGUGUGUUUUUUUUCCCCCCGAGAUUGGUUAGUGAACGUAAACUCGUUCGACCCGCCUCAGUCUUAUUUUGAAAAUGAAGAAACGGAAAUUAGUUUUGUGGCACACUUGACGAGAGCGAUUUUAUAAAGGGAAGCCAAGGUUGUUGGUGUUCGCUGAGGGUCUUGAAAGUAGGCGGUAGGUCCAAAUUGCUGAAUUUACGACUCUUUCCAUCGUUGCAUCAGCAUGCUUGCCCUCUACUUUAUUUGUUCAUGAAAGGAGACCAAGAUGCGGGCGAGCGUUAAAGCGCACCCGGUGAAGUGCACCCGAGAGCGAGCUGCGUCGAAGCUAACGCGGCUAACCAUUUGAGCAGACGGGACAACAACAACAUUGGUCCAUUUGACGAAGAUGACUAGUGACUCUUCUGUGAGAGCCCCCUAGUCGGCUCCGAGUUGGGCCGUUGUGUUUAUGCUGACCCCCAACUCAACACAAAAAAGCACAUCAUGCACACUUUGUCCUGCAUUGCAUGGAUGUUGUCCUUUUCUUUUCCAAAGAGUGACAAAAUGACCAUGAUGCUUGUUCAUCACUUUGUCACUUGAAGGGGCGGGAAAAGGAGAAGAAACAGACCAGGAGUUCUUUUUGUGGUCGUCAACUGUAAAUACUGUAAGAAAACACGAAAUCCCUACCUAAAGUAAACGCAAUGAUCAUAUAUGAAUUGUAUUUUUUUUUAAGGCAGACCUUAUAUUUUUUAAUUAUCAUAAGGUUUGACACAGUCAGCCGUUUUAGGGCCCAUCACUGAGUUUAAAAGCAAAAACUAUAACUGAUCACCAAUGUGAUCACAAGCUAGAGCAACGCGUUUAAUUAUUAUACUUGUUCAUCUACUGUACUGUAUCCUGAGUAACUUGAAAAUAUUCUCAUCAGGUCAUACCAACAUGACAAAAAUAAUGGGUGGUAACUAAUUCAAUUACUUUGUUAUUCACACACGCCAAAAUUUUAGAGCAUGAUUUUACAGAAUGGCAGCAUGUUUAUAUUCAAACGUUCGUGCUUGCCCUUGCAUGCUAGGCCACAUCACGUUUUUUAGGCUGGUUGUGAGCCGGUUCGUAUUAAAAAUAACGUAAACACACCUCAAGCAAUCAUCGAAAAAAACAUCUUCAUCAGUGACCACCACCAAACAUUUUUCCCCAUUUUGUUCUGUUUUAUUUUUUAACAAAAUUAAUGCAUAACCUAUUGUUGUUGUUAUAGCCGCGAUAAUGAGUGUAUCUGUCGCAUUUGAGUAAACAAGAUAAAAGACCAGUGAUCGUAAAAGACGGGAAGAGAUGGUUUUGGAAUGCAACAUUUUAUUGCAGUAGUUGUAUUAUGUACAAUAUACAAUGCUGUACAAAGUAUUGGCUGGAAACCCGUUCAGGGUUUACCCCACCUCCUGCCCUGAGAUAGCUAAGAUAAACUCCAGCAGUCCCGCCACCUUUGUGAGGAUAAGCAGCUCAGAAAAUGGAUAAAUGGAUAGUCUGACAUAGUAUAAUUGUGAAAGACCUAAUGUGUCUUUUAGUCUGAUCCCGCCAUUAAGUGUUGUCUGUCUCACGUGUUUUUUUUUUUUUUUAACAUAUUUAAUUACGGCAGCACGGUGGUCAGCUUUUAAAGCAUUGGCCUCACAGUUCUGAGGACCCGGGUUCAAUCCCCGCCCCGCCUGUGUGGAGUUUGCGUGUUCUCCCUGUGCCUGCGUGGUUUUUCUCCGGGCACUCCGGUUUCCUCCCACAUCCCAAAAAACAUGCAAGAUUAAUUGGACACUCUAAAUUACCCCUCGGAGUCAUCGUGAGUGCGACUGUUGUGUGUCUCCAUGUGGCCUGCGAUUGGUUGGCAAAGAGUGCAGGGUGUACCCUGCCUCCUGCCUGUUGACAGCUGGAAUAGGCUCCAGCACGCUCCACAACCCUCAUGCGGAUGAGCGGCAAAAGAAAAUGGAUAGAAAUUUAAUUACUUUAUUGGUGGUCAGUUAUUUACAGUACUUUGUCAAAAGUCACACCACAAGCCUAAACAAUAGAUUUUGGAUUCAAAUGAAAUGUAAACAAGCAGGGUUUGCACGCGGCCCUAAAAGUCCAUAAAACCCCCAAAAUUUUCAAAGGUGCAUUUAGGGGCUCCUGAAAGUCUUUAAAAAUCCGCGAAAACCGGUCAAGCCCCUAAAAAGGCCUUAAAUUAAAAAAAAUCAAAGGGAGAACCUCUACCGCCAAAAAAAUUAUCUUUUAUUUGAAAAAAAAUAGCAAUCCGUCUGGCGUCCAAAACAGCCGGAAAUUGUCAACGGAAGUCACAGUGUUGACGACUUGUCGCCAUCUUGUCGAUAUUCCAUUGUUUGUUUCGGUGAGUAGGCAUUUCACUUCAUCUUCGUUACGACGUAGCGUAGUUCUUUCAUCGAUCCAACUUGUAUCAUGGGGAAGUGCAUUUUUCAAUAUGCUUGGGUUGAAAGUAAGGAGUUCGGGAGCUGGGUUCGUCGAGAUCCAAAAGAUCGGCACGUUUUACUGCCAUCUGUGCAAGCAGAGUUACCAGCUUGAAAAGAUGGGCGUCAAAGCGCUGGAGUCGCACCGGAAAAACAGGAGACACGCUGAUUUGGCGAAGACUCUCUCAUCUUCCGUUGGUAUGAAUCUGUUUCUAAAAUAUCAAGAUAGUGAAGAAUCAACUUCAGGCAGUGGUACGAGCAGUGCAUGCCCACCUACAGUUGUCCAGUCAUUGACUUCAACCAGCCGAAAGUCAGGCUUUAUGAACGUAGUUCAAUACACGAAGACGGACUCGUUAAAGGCAGAGAUCGUGUGGACUUUAAAAGUGAUCUGCAGCCAUUACAGUUACAAAUCUUGUGAAAAUAAUUCGUAAGUGUUUGCAGUCAUGUUCCCAGACAGUGACUUUGCUAAAAACUACCACUGUGAGUAAAGGAAGACUUCGUACCUGGCUCCAUUUGGCAUCGCUGCCCACUAUUCAUCUCUACUGCCUCAAAGCCAAAAAAGCCAGAAUAGAGACUGACAUAUCUACGCUUAUUGAGAAGGCAGAAGAAAAGAGGAAUCUGAGGUUUAUCACCGAGGCCAAUGCACUCAGAGGCAGAGCAAAGGACAAGAAAGCCACUUUGGCACCUCUGCAGCAACAAAUAGAGGAGGCAGUGGGUAGGCUCAAGGAGCGAGACUCGUCGGGGUGCUGAGACAGACAUCGGUAGAAGACAUUUUUGUAUAUAGUUGCAAUUGUAGUUAGAAUCUGUUUUUCUGUAGACUGUUAUGUGAAGACGUUGACAAUGGUCACAUCAAUGAGAACUACCACAAGGGGCGACAGGUGAUCACUGUCACAGGUACUGAGGUACUGGAACAUUUGAUGAACCAAGAACGGUUGAUGGCACCCAUUGGGUGAGUCUUUUUUCCUUCAUAUCAAUGAGAACUACCACAAGGGGCGAUAGGUGAUCACUGUCACAAGUACUGAGGUACUGGAACAUUUAAUGAACCAAGAACGGUUGAUGGCACCCAUUGGGUGAGUUUUUUUUCCUUACUCUUGAUUUCCCACGAUGGCCCUACAUUUUUCCGUGUCGGCCCUAAAUUUUUCGUGUCAGCCCCUAAGAAUGCCCCUUAAAAGGCCUUUAAUUUUUUUGGGUCAGACUGAGUAUGAACCCCGACAGGAGCGACACAGUCUACAUAGUAUCUUUUGCGAACUUGAUCGGACUGGCGAAUUAUAAAAGUCAAUUUACUUUGUGAGUAUUCUGUAAGUGUUAAUUAUUCACGUAUCAAUAUUUGUAUUAUUGGGAAAGACUUGCAGGGAGGUUUCUGCAUAAACACCCAUUUUCUUUUGCCAUUUACUAACUACAAAGGGAGAACAUAAAUGAAAGAAUCUGGGUUGGCCACUAAAAGUUCUGACUUACUGUACCUACUAUGGUGUUUGCUGUCAUUGAAUCCAUCCAUCCAUUUUCCCUAAACCUUAUCCUCACCAGGGUCGUAGGUAUGCUGACUAAUGCUGGCCGGUCUGUCUGGUUAUUGUACUCUUUUACUACAAAGCUACGCUGUUAUGACAUAUGCAGAAUGUGGCUUGGCAUUGUCUUUAGGAAAUGAGCAGGGAUAUCCCUGAAACACAAUGAUUGGAUGGCAGUUUAUCGUACUCCAAAACCUGAACUGUAUGAACCUUGCCAUGCCAUGGGCAGUAACAUACUCUCAAACCAUCACAGAUACUGGCUUUUGAACUUUGUGCCGAUAGAAUUAGAAUCAGAAUCAGUUUUAAUGGCCAAGUGUGUAAAACACACAAGGAAUUUUUCUCCGCCAUUUGGUGCUGCCCUGAUACGACAUUCAGAACAAAGAACAGGGAACAACAAAAUAGCAACAGGAACAAAGAACAAGAGACAUUUCUGUUUAUUGGAACUAUUAUAAGACGUGCAAGAUGUAAAAAUAUAUAUAGAUAAGUGUGUUAACAAUGUCAGUUGUGCAAAGGGAGCAGUUUAAAGUGACAAAUCCUGCGGUCUACAAAAUAUAUAUAUAUAAAAAAAAUAUAUAUAUGUAUGUUUAUAUUUAUAUGCAUCCAUCCAUUUUCUUAGCCGCUUAUCCUCAAAAGGGUCGCAGGGAGUGCUGGAACCUAUCCCAGCUGUCAACGGGCAGGAGGCGGGGUACAUCCUGAACUGGUCACCAGCCAAUCGCAGGGCGCAUCGAGACAGAUAACAGUCACACCCACAAUCACAUCUCAGGGUAAUUUAGAGUGUCCAAUUGAUGUUGCAUGUUUUUGGGAUGUGGGAGGAAACAGGAGUGCCCGGAGAAAACCCACGCAGGCACGGGGAGAACAUGCAAACUCCACACAGGCGGGUCCGGGAUUGAACCUGGAUCUCAGAACUGUGAGGCCAACGCUUUACGUAAUGUUCAUGAUUUCCCCCAAAAUUUCAGUGUGGACUAGUCACUUUUCCCCUUUGCGUCAGUCCAUCUUAGAUGAUCACUGGUCCCAGAGAAGCAGCGGUCCUUUCUACGUGUUUUUAAAAAAUGCGCAGUUACAGUUUGAGCUCAGGUUUUUUGAACUGUAUUAACUAACAAUGGUUUCAUGAAUUGUUCCUGAACCCAUGUAGCAGUAUCUUUUACAUAAUGUUACCUACCUGUUUUCAAAAGUCCUGUUUUUUGGUUAUUGAGACUUCCAUAUAGGGAGACUCUAACAUGGACUAAGUAUAAAAGUGUCAAUUUUAUUUCAGAAUAAACCUUGGUUGGUGUCACAUAAAGGCCCCUCAAAGAUGAGAAUAGUCAAUUUGGAUUUUCAGAGCGAUAUUAUUUUAAUUGAUGUUGAUUAUUGUGGUUGUAGUGCUAGUAUUGGAAGGUAUUGCACCGUAAUGAGAACUGUGGGAAUGUUUUGAUGACAUAAGUCAAUGAGGGUGUAAAAGCACUUUCCCGUUUCUUGUGUCAUGUUGAAGUGGGUUGCAGCUUUCCGGGAGCAGAACUGGCUCCUUUUGUCCUCUCGUAUCCCCCUCCCCCCCUCCCUGUAGUCCCCUGUGUGUGAGUGACCCACGAUCCCCCCCGACCCGACCUGAUCGCCUGUGUGGGGCCACCGCUCCUUCUUGAAUCCGCCCUGUCACCCCAUGCUUGGGACAAAGCCAGCUCACUGCCAGCCCAAUGACUGCCUGGAUCAUCCUGCCGGUCAGCCUGUCUGCCUUCUCCAUCACAGGAAUAUGGAUAGUGUAUGCCAUGGCUGUAAUGAAUCACCAUGUUUGCCCCGUAGAGAACUGGUCCUACAAUGUAACGUGCAUAGAAGAGCUGCUCCGACCAGGCUUUCCCAAAACCUGUUGCACCAUCCAGGACAUUCCCCUCAUCAGUAAAUGUGGUUCUUACCCCCCUGAAAGCUGCCUGUUUAGCCUCAUUGGCAACGUUGGAGCCUUCAUGGUGGUGAUGGUGUGCCUUCUGCGCUACGCUCAGGUGAUCGAGCACAGCCACAGAUGUUGGGUCAACACCAGCGCUCUGGUGUCGGGCUGCACCAAUGCAGUGGGUUUGGUCAUGGUAGGCAACUUCCAGGUCGACCAUGCCAAGUCUCUUCACUAUGUGGGCGCCGGCGUGGCCUUUCCAGCAGGCCUGCUCUUUGUGUGCUUGCAGUGCGUGCUCACCUAUCGGGUGGCUGUCACCGCCCUUGACUACUGGAUGGCCCACUUCCGUGUGGCUCUAGCACUCGGAGCCAUGGUCUCCCUCGUACUCAGCGGCAUCUUCUUUGUGCACGAGAGCUUCACGCUGCAGCACGCCGCAGCCAUCUGCGAGUGGGUCUUCACCGUAGACAUCCUAGUUUUCUACGGCACCUUCACCUACGAGUUUGGCACGGUCACUGGCGAGACCAUGAUGGCCGGAUUGCAGCAGUGUCUCCAGCAUGGCUCGGGGGUGAUCUUGGGCCCCAGGGGGUGUGAUUCGGCACUCAGCGGGGCCACAAAGGGUCUCAAGUCGCCUGGGGGAAGCAGCACGUCCACGCAUCUCAACUGUACUCCUGAGAGUAUAGCCAUGUUGUAGCCUUGCACGGAGGACCUCCGUGGACUCCUCACACAUCGAAAGAUGACAAGCAUGCCGAGAGAGACUAGUUUGGUUUUUAUGGCCGAAAGAACCCCAACCCUCCAACAAGGUGCAAGUUAGCUUGAGCGGUGAGCAGUGUCAGUCUGCUGUCCUCAAGUGAUGUUCUUACAAGAAUUUAAGGAAAUCAUAUGAAAAGUCAAGCACAAAACGGUGGUACUCUGACUUACAAAUGAUUGAAAUACAUUAACCCCUCAUUUAUCAAGGGGGUAAGGUUCUGGACCGCCCCCACAGUAGGUGAAAUCUGCAAAGUAGUGACCACAUAUAUGUAUUUUUUAUUAUUUAGAUUUUAAACCUAGCACACACACACACACACAUUAAUGUUCUCCACACUCCUAAUAACUUCCAGCAUACUAUUAUAAACACUUUCUGCACUCACAAAAAAGAUUUCAACUCACCUAACAACUCUUACAGUAGUACUGUACACUAUGUACUACUAAUACCUUGUGAUGUGUCCGUUUGUUUUUCCUGUUUUAGGUAAGCAAGUGUUUUAUUUUACCAAAAAAAGCAUACACUCAAAACCUGCCAUAUAGCGAAGUACAUGCUGUGAAUAUGGAAAGAAAAAUCCACAAACGACUGAAUAUGCAAGAGGUCAACCUAUUUAUAUACUGUAGAAGACAGUAAAAUGUACUAUGAGCUGGGUACCACUUUACUAGGUUAGACCACGACUAUUAGGACUAACACAAGUCCUGUAUGGAAUACAAAAUCCGGAAUCAUGCAGUACAGCCGAAGCCACAAAUUGGUUUUGGUUUAAUUUAUUCAACAAAGUAACACAACAUGUUCUUUAUCAAAUUUGUACCUUUACUACCAAUUCAGUGCAUGACUUUUUGUAUGGCGUCUUGCUAAAUUCUGCAAAAAGGCUUUUGUAGUGAUGCUAUAAAAAUGUGUCAGCGUUGUUUGAUCACUGAAUGUUUCCAAUAUAGUUUCUGAUUUGA